CUCAUGUCCAGGGAAGAGCAGAAAGUAUAAAUACCCCCGAUAUGUCCAGACUGCAGCGGUGCUGGCGAGUGGUACAAGACUUAGCUUGGUUAGGGUAUGAGAAACGACAAUUCAGACAAACUGAAGUUAAAUACCAGACAUAACUUUGACCAAGACUGCCUUUACAGCGCUGGAAAAUCACUUUCAUUUGAACAGAUCUCUGAUUUAAGGAAAUAACUAUUCGAUUAGAGAAGACGCGCCAUUACCAGAGAUAAAGGACAUAUAUUGUAAUAAAAUCUUUAUUGUUACUACUCUUGAGCGCAAUUUCCAUUGCAGAAGAUGUGUUCCACUGUGUGUUUGAUCGUUUUACUCCUGUGCGUAAUGAACGCAGCACUUUCCACUCCAUUUGAAUCUGAGGAUAUUGUACCUGUUCGGAUAAAUGGAAGAAUCAGCGGUCGCUUUUGGAAAAGAAGCGAGGAUCAGCCGAGAUUUAUCGUCAGUGCAUUUGGCAAGGAGUUGACUCUAAACCUUAUUCCAGAUACCAGCUUUAUCGCGCCUUCCUUCACCAUACAGCGCAUCAAAGCCAGAGAUGUUGGCGCUUUACGCAGCUCUUCAGGUGCCCAACUUGUCGCUGAUCUCCAGAAAUGUAUGAACCAGACAGAGGAGAAUGAAGGACAGCUUAGGAGCUGCUUUUACUCGGGGAAUGUAGAUCACGAUCAAAGCUCGGUUGUGGCUGUCAGUUUGUGCUCGGGCAUAUUUGGCUCCUUCAUAACGGAGGGGAAAGAGUAUUUAAUUGAGCCCAAACGUCGCGGCGGCUUGGGGCCAGACUCUGCCGAGCAGCUGCAUGUCAUCAAGAGGAGGACAUUCAGAAAAAACCACGGUGUUCCCCUCCUGUUUGAACACGCGGCGGCUGAGAGUCGAGCGGAGAAGCACAAUAGGGAAAGUUUUACGCACGGCGACAGUGACGCACAGAGGGAACCUCGCCGGAGACGCUUUGUUUCCGCGCCACGGUUCAUAGAGACCCUGGUGGUAGCAGACUCAACCAUGACCCACUUCUAUGGAGAUGAAAUAAAGCACUACAUUCUGACCCUGAUGUCGAUGGCUGCCCAGCUUUACAAGCACCCCAGCAUAAAGAACUCGGUAAACGUGGUGGUGGUGAAGUUGUUGGUGGUGGAGGAUGAGGAGGUUGGCCCGGAGGUCUCCAGCAACGGAGGUGUGGCUCUGAGGAACUUCUGCUCCUGGCAGCAGCUCUUCAACCCACCAAGCCAGAGGCAUCCAGGGCACUAUGACACUGCCAUGCUCUUCACCAGAGAGGACAUCUGUGGACAGAAGAGCUGCGACACGUUGGGUGUGGCCGAUGUCGGGACGAUGUGCGAUCCCAAGAGAAGCUGCUCAGUUAUCGAGGAUAACGGCCUGCAAGCUGCCUUCACAGCUGCACAUGAGCUUGGUCAUGUGUUGAGUAUGCCUCACGAUGACUCCAAGACCUGUGAGAGGCUGUUUGGAGAUCUGGGAGGACAUUACCUGAUGGCUCCUCUGUUUGUCAGCCUCAACAAGACAGCGCCUUGGUCUCCCUGCAGUGCUCUCUACAUCACAGAGUUCUUUGACAAUGGACAUGGGGACUGCCUGCUAGAUGUCCCAGAGAGUACCAUACCGUUACCAAGAGAGCUGCCAGGCACCAAGUACAGCCUGGACCAGCAGUGCCAGCAGAUGUUUGGAGAGGAGUUUGUCCAAUGCCCCAACUCCUCAGAUAGUGAUAUUUGUAGCCAGCUGUGGUGUCAGGAGGAUGGGACGCUGCAGUGCUCCACCAAGAACGGCAGCUUGCCCUGGGCUGAUGGCACCCCCUGUAGCCUGAACGGAACAUGCCUCCAAGGAGCGUGCAUGUCGACUCAGGAUGUGAUGCAGCCGCUGGUGGUUGUGGACGGCGGCUGGAGCUUGUGGGGGCCGUGGCAGCAGUGCUCCAGAACAUGUGGAGGAGGGGUGGAGUUCUCCUAUAGGGAGUGCACUGACCCUGUGCCUCAGAACGGAGGGAAGUACUGUGAAGGACAGCGGGUUCAGUACCAGUCCUGCAACACGCAGCCCUGUGACGACAACGACGGAAAGAGUUUCAGAGAGGAGCAGUGUGAGAAGUACAACAGCCCCAACUACCUGGACUACAACGGGAAUAUAAAACAGUGGAUCCCAAAGUACGCUGGUGUUUCUCCCAGAGACAGAUGUAAGCUGUUCUGCAGGGCCAGGGGCAGCAGUGAAUUUAAAGUGUUUGAAUCCAAGGUGAUUGACGGGACGACCUGUGGACCUGACACCACAUCGGUGUGUGUCCAAGGCCAGUGUGUGAAGGCAGGCUGCGACCAGGUGAUUGGAUCCAACAAGAGGGUGGAUAAAUGUGGAGUGUGUGGAGGAAGUGGGCUCACCUGUAGAAAGAUUACAGGCUCCUACAACAAAGCAACCUAUGGAUACAGCGACAUUGUCACAAUUCCUGUUGGCGCUACUAACAUUGACAUCAAACAGCGGAGCCACAGAGGGAUCAAACAUGACGGGAACUACCUGGCUAUAAAGAGAGAGAGUGGCGGUUACAUCCUCAACGGUAACUUCUCUGUAUCCACGGUGGAGCAGGACAUUCCUGUGCUGGGUGCUGUGCUAAAGUACAGCGGCUCCUCCACCACGCUGGAGAGGAUCCAGAGCUUCAGGCAGCUGAAGGAGGCCAUCACCAUCCAACUCCUUGCCACUAUGGGGGACGCCAACCCUCCCAAGGUCAAAUAUACAUUUUUCAUCCCUAGAGAUGUGACCUUCAACAAAUCCAAAGAGAGGAAGGGCUCGUCCCUGUCUUUGCAUAUGAUCCAUCCAUUUGGCGUACCUGACUGGGUGCUGGGGGAGUGGUCUGAGUGCUCCAAGAGCUGUGGCUCCGGAUGGUCCAGGAGAAAUGUUGAAUGCAGAGACAGCGCGGGCUUCCUCUCCAGCCAGUGCGACAAAGACCUGAAGCCCGUAGACAUAAGGCCUUGCGGGGAUCUGCCGUGCCCCAUAUGGCAGAUGGGACCUUGGUCUGUCUGCUCACGAACUUGUGGCCAGGGGGAGCGCCGCCGCAGCGUCUUCUGCGUAGACUACACUGGGAAGACUGUUGAGCCAGAGAAGUGCGAUCUGAACAAACUCCCAGAGCCAGUCUCUGGAGAAUGUCUCAACCAAGAGUGCUUAUGAAGAACAGGAGUAUAGUGAACUUUCCCUUUCUGGUCUGACUGCACUUAUCUACCAUGGAUGGAUUACUGAUUGGGCACACUGGGCACAGGCCCAGGGGCCAAAGGGGUCAGGGGGCAGAGACACAAAAGGACCACAAAGAGACACAAACCAACCACAGAGAGAUACAUAACAACCACAAAGAAACACAAAGCGAACACCAAUGGUUUUCCAUUACGAAAAAAAUUCCUGGU